AAAUGUCUACUGCGUAUGAAGUUCAAUGUCGUGGAUUACCAUGGGAGGCCACUGAACAGGAGCUAAGAGAUUUUUUCGGAAAUAAUGGAAUCGAAAGCUUGGAAAUUCCAAGGAGAAACGGUCGAACCAGCGGUGAUGCGAAAGUGGUUUUUACCAAUGAAGAAGACUACAACAAUGCUUUGAAAAAAGACCGAGAGCACUUGGGAAGCAGAUACAUCGAGGUUUUUCCUGCGGGUGGAGCACCAACAAGGCGUGGAGAUCGAGGUGAACGUGGAGAUCGUGGAGAUCGUGACCAUUAUCGUUCACGCGGAGCACCUCCAAGAGAUCGAUAUUCCGAUCGUGGAGGACCACGGAGUAGCGGGCCGGACUCAAUUGUGAGGCUUAGAGGAUUGCCAUUCUCAGUUACGAGCCGAGAUAUCAGUGAUUUUUUAGCCCCAUUGCCAAUAGUUCGGGAUGGAAUACUUCUUCCUGAUCAGCAACGUGCUCGUCCAGGUGGAGAAGCCUACGUGUGCUUUGAAACAAUGGAAAGCGUGCAAAUAGCAAAACAGCGUCAUAUGAAAAACAUUGGACAUCGCUAUAUUGAAGUAUUCGAAGCUACUCAUCGUGAUCUCUCCCGAUUCGCGGAAGAGAAUGAUCUCCGUGUACCACGAUUCGGACCUCCACCUUUUGCUUCAGCACCUCAAACUGCUCCGCGAGGAGCAUAUGAUCCAUAUAGCCAACCCACAGAUCCAUAUCGUAAUGCAACAGAUUAUCGUCGUGCUGCAGAGCCAGAGGAUCCAUACGCAAGAUCAAGAGCACCAUCUGUGCAAGAUUACGGAGUCAGAGCAUCCUAUGAUCCAUACACGCAACCAGCUGCACCAGUUUCAUCAUAUCCUUCACAACAACAACCAUCCGCGGGGUACUACGACAACUACGCUCCAAAAACAGCUUAUGAAAGCUACGGACGCGAACGAGGGCCCGAUCCACGGGAUGUUAGGGAUCCGCGAGAUUCGAGAAUGCCUGAUCCUCGAGAUUCUAGAGCAUUGAGUGAUCCAUACGCCGCAGAAUCAAGAUAUUCGGAGUAUGGCUAUGAAUCGCGGGAACCAUAUUGGCGUGGUGGUUCUGGAGGGCCUCCAUCUAUUGGAGGAGGUGUUGGAGGAGGCGGAGCACCGCUUGCUCCAACUGGACGGGAUCCUUAUUCGGUAGGAGAAUCUUGGGCUAAUGGAGCAGGAGGGCCAGGUGGGCCACCACCGGUUUCUUCUGAUAGAGAUCGGUACGGAAGUGGUGGAUAUGCAAGUGAGCCGUAUGCACAAAGAGAAGCUGGAGGAGCUAUGCGCCGAUCAGAAUACGGUCGUCCUGAUGAUCGUUAUUCAAAGCCAGAACCAUAUGGAUAUUCUAGAGACCGUGACUAUGGAGCCCCUCAAAAUCAGCAUUUUGUGCUCCGAAUGCGUGGAGUACCAUUCCGUGCCAGCGAGGCAGAUGUCUAUGAUUUCUUCCAUCCAAUUCGACCGAAUCAAGUAGAAUUGCUCCGUGAUCACCAAUUCCAACGGCCAAGUGGCGAUGCUCGUGUCAUAUUCUACAAUCGGAAAGAUUAUGAUGAUGCACUCAUGAAAGAUAAACAAUAUAUGGGAGAACGUUACAUUGAGAUGAUUCCGGACAAUGGAAGAUAUUAAAUUACCAUCUAAACCCUAAUUUCCUUAUUCUUUUUAUUGUUUCUUUUCUUUAAUGUUCCAAAAAAUUCGCAAAGAUCUAAUUUCCAAACAUGUUUUUAACACUAUUCAAUAAUUUUUCAAAGUCUCAAUCUUUUCAAAAGUUUCUAAUAAAUUUAAUUAUCAG